AUGGAGCGGGGAGCCAAAGGAGCUGGGGGAGGCAGGCAGGCAGCUCUGCCCGUGCCCCUUCCAGGUUCCUCCCUGUUCGCCCUGAAGGUCUGGUCCUACAUCCUGUCCGGAGUUGGUAUCAUCACCAUGCUGCUGGGUUUCCUCGGAUGCCUGGGCUCCCUCAAGGAGAUCAAGUGUAUGCUGGGAUUUUAUUUCGGUUUCCUCUUUCUCCUCUUCGCCGCCCAGAUCACCAUUGGGGUCCUGCUGUACACGCAGCGUGUCACGCUCAGUGGCAAGGUGGGGGUGUUCGUGGAAGACGCCAUCCGGACCUAUCCGCUGGCAGGACCCCCCAGCGAGAAGCACCAGAGCUGGGACUUCAUUCAGGGGCAGCUCCGGUGCUGUGGCUGGAACUCGUACAUGGACUGGCACCAGAACCCCGUCGUGGACAACUCGUCUCGCAAACUGUACCCCUGUUCCUGUCACAACAGCUCCAGCCCUGGUGAGCGCGGCACUGGCACCAACACCACCGAGGUCCCGGCCGUGCAGGGGGCCACCGGGUUCUGCACUGCUCAGGGGGAGUGGCCGGUCUACAGGCAGGGCUGCGCGAACAGCGUCCAGGGCUGGCUGGCCAAUAACAUCAUCAGCAUCGUGGGCAUCUGCCUGGGCAUCGCCCUGAUGGAGUUCCUGCAGCUGCUGUGCCUGGCGCUGGCCGGCACCCUGGAGUGCAGGAGACUCACCAGUGGCUCCCAGGAAAUCCUGACCUUCCCCAGCAGCUCUGUCUCAUGAUGUUAUCGAUGUUUCUGUUUAGAAACAUGGGCCAGAACUACGACAAGCUGACCCGAUACUCCUAGGAAGCCCCUCCCGCCCCAGGGGGUGGAGGGGGAGCAGAUGGGCAUGAGCCACCGCCCCCCAACUGGGACCAUCCAGCAUGGGCUGAAGCAGCUUUCUUUCUCUGUCUGUCUGUUCCUGAGUGUUCUUGGCAGGGGGCAGGGCCCCUGGUCCAUUUCCCCCCAACCCCAGUGUGUCGUCCCCCGCCCUGUCCCUGGCCUGAGCUGUGCUCACCCUUUGGGGCAGUGGCAUAGGGAUGGGGCAGCUAUUUCGUUCUGUCUCUGGGUAUCUAUUAGUGGGGUUUGCUGCAGUAGGGAGGGGAAGUGCGGGGUGGGGUGGGGGGGGGGGAGGGAGGUCCUGGUACCUUGGGGCAGGGGGGGGCAAUCGGGAAGGGGCAGGAGGUUUGGACAUGUGAAUAUGUCUGUGUGCCAUUGAAUGUGUUCUCUACGGGGGGGACCCCCGGUUCCCCGCUCCCCAGGAAUUCACAACUUUUGUAAAAUCCACUUUGUAAAUAAAAUAAAAAUGUGGGGUCCCAGCCCUGAAAAA